AUGGGGAAAGACAAAAAAUACCAAUGCCUUCAAAAACGAAAAAAAUGGAACCGUUGCGUUUUACAGAAUGCAAGAGAAGCUCUAAGAUUGAAAAAGCUACAAGUUUCAAAUAAUAGUAAUGCUCCUAUAAGUAAUGGUCCCAAUGUUCAACAAACCGAUCCCUUCAACGAGAUCAAUGACCAAACUUUAGAUGACAAUGACCAAACAACAUUUCAAAAUGAUAACGGUAAAUCACCACAACAAAAUGUACAGUUUGAUGAAGAGAUUGAAGAGCGGAAUGAGGCGGAAGAAAUAUCCCUUACAAUAGAAAAAGAAAUAGAAGAUUCCGAAGUACCUAAUUAUGUCGUUCAGGGGCGGAGAGUGAUUGAUUUUGAAUAUUUUAUGACACAGUUAACUGCUAUUGAAUCACAUGGUGAUAAAUCGGUUGUAGGCUGA